AUGGGUGGUGACAUGGAGCAGGACACGGGGGGACACGGGACAUGGGACACAGGCAGCAGCUCCGGGGUCGCCGGCGGUGCCUGCGGCAUCUCCCCCCUCCCCCAAAACCAUCCCGGCACCUUUUUCCCCAUUUUUUCAUUUUUUCCCCCCAGGAACGAGCUGCUCCUGCACCUCAAGACCUACAACAUCUACUACGAGGGGCAGAACCUGCAGCUGCGGCACCGGGAGGAGGAAGGGGAGCUGAUCGUGGAGGGGCUGCUGAACAUCUCGUGGGGGCUGCGCCGCCCCAUCCGCCUGCAGAUGCAGGACGACAACCAGCGCAUCCGCCCGCCACCCUCCUCCUCCUCCUGGCACUCGGGCUGCAACCUGGGCGCCCACGGGUCCGUGCUGAAGCCCAGCACCCUGCCGGACAUCCAGGUGACAGACGGGGACAGCAGCAGGGGCACGGAGAAUCCCGGGAACGGCGCAGGAGGAUCCAGGGGGAUCCAGGGGGAUCUGAGGGGAUCCAGGGGGAUCCAGGGGUCCGGGCAGGGCUCUCAGUGCCGGCCGUGCCCCCAGACCUCGGUGUUCACGCCCGCCUACGGCUCCGUCACCAACGUGCGCAUCAACAGCACCAUGACCACGCCGCAGGUGCUCAAACUGCUGCUCAACAAGUUCAAGGUCGCCCAGUACAUCAAAUUCGAGAUGCCCAUCCUCAGGAGCUUCAUCCAGAAGCUGGAGGAGGAGGAGGACCGGGAAGUGAAGAAGCUGAAGCACAAAUACUCCAUCCUGCGGCUGAUGAUCGAGCAGAGGCUGGAGGAGAUUUCCGAGGGCCCCACGGCCAUGUGAGCAUCCCUGGGAUGCGCUGCACCAAAUCCCGACCCCAAAACGCCCCCGCUGCCCCCCUGGGUGGCUCCAGCCCCCAGCCAAGCCCCCUCCCACGCCCCCAUCCCCAGGAAUCCUCGGGGGUUCUUCCCAGGAAGGUUCUGGCUGGCAGCAGCUUCAGCCAAAACCUCGAAUCCCUGGAAAACACAGGGAAAAAAAAUAUUAAAAAAAAGAGAAAAAAGAGGAAAUCUGUCAGCAGCAGCGAGGUGAGGGCUGCCAGAGUUCCAGAGCUGGAAUUUUGGGGGCUCAGGUUGGAAAUGCCCGACGUGGCUCCCAGUGGAGUUCCUGCUGCUCGGCAGCAAGACAGCACAAAAAAACAAAAAAAAUCCUCUUUUUUUUUUUAGAGAAAAGCACAUUCCUGCCCUGUCACCGCAAUAAUUCCCAGGUGUCGGGAGGAUUUUAUAAAUCCAAAGGGUUGCCUGUGAUUUUGGGGGGGGUUUAACCCUGACCUGGGGGCUCCUGGAGGCAUUUCCAGCCCAGGAGAAAAUCCCAUUUUUCCCAGCCCCUUCCCCAAAGCCGUGGCUGUGGCGCAGCCCCUCCGUCCCCCCCGCUGUAAUUUGCACUAAUAUUUAGGGAUUUUGAAGAAAACCACGAUGUCAAACCUCUCUGGGAGCUGAAAAUGCCAAAUAGCACUCGCAGGGAUGGCUGAGGGCCCCGAGCAUCUCCAGGGGUGCUGGGAAAGGGCAGAGGCAGGAGGAGGGGGAGGCAGAAAUAAAGAGGAUUUUGUUUUCCAAAUCCAUUUUCCAGCAGUGCCAGGAAAUUAUCCUGGUGAAACCAGGGCCAGGCUGGCUCCACCAGCAGCAGCAGCUGGAAAAAACCUCUUUCUUUCCUCCCAGGCUAAACCAGCAAUACCCAUUUUAUACCUCGAUGUGAACUAAACCUCUGACUUCCUCCCCCUUCCCUUUGAGUUUUCGCAAUGCAUCUUUGUAAUUUUCUUUUUAUUUUUUUUUUUGAAUUUUUAAUUUUAAUGGUACCUUUUCCACCUUUGACUCACGUUGGGGAAAGUGUUGUACAGCGAGAGGAGCUUUUGGUGUGUUUGAAGGGUGAUUGUGGCACUGCUGCGUGGAUUAACAAGGAAAUGAAAUAAAAUAAAAUAAAAUAAAAUAUGUAGC